UAUCAAUGAAUGCUCUAUAGGUAUGUUCGUAUGUCCUGCGUCAGAAAUUUGUAAUGACACAAUUGGUUCUUAUGAAUGCCAAUGUCCUACUGGGUUCACACGGGGAGGCAACGGUGAAUGUGAAAAUGUCAACGAAUGCUUUGAAGGUCUCUCCGUAUGUCCUGUGGAAGAAGUUUGUAAUGACACGAUUGGUUCAUAUACGUGCCAAUGUCCUGUUGGGUUCACAGAGAAAGCCAAUGGCGAAUGCGAAAAUGUCAAUGAAUGCUCUCAAGCUGUACCCGCGUGUUCCGCGCAAGCAGUUUGCACUGACACACGUGGCUCAUACUUAUGCCAUUGUCCUGCUGGAUACACUGGGAAUGGCAUAGUGUGCACCAACGUGAAUGAAUGUAGCGAUAGUCCGUGUGGGAUUUGCCGCGCUCCAGAUAAAGACAAUUGCACGGCGUGUGCCACUUGCUUGGAUACCAGCGGAUCCUACCUGUGCCAGUGCCCAAUGCUGUACAGCUGGACGGGUUCUGGCUGCAGUCUGGCUGUGGACGCCUGCAGUUACGGUCUGCAUCAGUGUAGUGUCAACAGCACAUGUUCACCGAUGAAUGGCUCUAGUGGCAGUCCUGUGAACACAGCUGAGCAAUGCUAUUCGUGUUCAUGCCUUGAGGGUUACACUGGAAAUGGCUCGCACUGCUCCCCUGUAAAUGUCUUCCGGAAGUCCGAGGGCAACGCGGCUACAGUAGGCCUCAGUUGGUGGCUGGUGUUGAUUGUGGCGCUAGCCGUGGUGAUCUUCGUCGGAAUAAUCGCACUCCUGGUCCUAGUGUCGAAGCGGAAGAAGGAUCGUCAGCAGUGUUCAGGAACGGCUAUAGCACAUAAGCCUGUGGCAGGGAAAGACGUUACCUACGAUUCGUUUCAAGGCAGAAAAGAUAAGAAUGGAAAUCAUUACGAUUUCAAUUACUCGGGUGCUGACAAUGGCGGCAGGAACUCGGAUUACAUGACUUGCAGCCCCUCAGCACCGCGACACAAUUGGUCUCCUGACGGUGGCGAGGCGCACGAAUCCGACAAAGGGCGGGUUGCCAAAAGCAUCCUCUCCGGAAAGCACAGCUUGCUGCGGCCAUCCGUCAGCGAAAUCAGCUCCACACUGAGCAUGAGUGAUGAGCCAAUUGCCGCCAGUUCGUCCUAUUCUACAUUGGUGUCUGCCACCAUACUAAAGAUGGGUGACUGUAACGAGAUCGAUGAAUGGGGCCCAGAGGUGGGCUGGAGGGAUAUGACGCCCACCAGGGCGGAGAUGAAUUACGCUGCCCCUCGCGCAUGUGCCAGCAACAGCAGUCUUCUAGGUAGUAGAAGCCGUGCCACCACCACAAGCACUGUCCUGAACAGUGCCCAUUCGAUUGGCUACAACGAUGUGAUAUACUGUGGAGAUCUUGAUUGCUGGGAAGAUCCAGAUUGCCAAAGAAACGGUGUGGAGUACGCCACCACCACCGGUGCAAAUCUAAUGGCAGCAGCCAACAAUAGUCCAGGAAUAAAAGCCGGUACCCGUGGAAUAUCCGCGUCCUCUGCCGAAUUAGCAGCCUGUGUGAAGCAAGUCCAGGGACAAUACGUGUUCAGGGCAACCACUGGCUGCCUGGUCCCAUUGAAUGCGUUCCGCGUGCCGAUUGACGGAAACCGUCUCCUUGACUACAUGGUGAUGAGUGACCCGGACGGCAGUUACACUCUGUAUGACCACACCAGAGCCGACUUUCACGGCGUUGCCAGGGCGCACGAGAUCAGCCUGGCCGACUGGAUAAGCCAGGCCGAGCUGAGCGAGGCAUUCAAACACUCGCCCUGGCUCACCACCGAGGACCUCCAGCCACAGUACUCCAAGGAGCGAGCAGUUUUCAGAGGCUCGUCCGGAGAGUUCACGUUCACGGGUGGCACGCGAGGUGUGUCCGUGCCCGUGAAGAGCGUGUUUGGCGACAGGGUCAACGAAGGAAACUUCCAGGAGCGGCUGGUGGCUGUAGAUCGGUUUGGGUGCUAUGCCCUACUGGAAAAGCACACACGUCACCUGGUUGCCACGAGCAUUGUGUCGGAGAACACCAACUCAACAGACAAGAACACCAACUCAACAGACAAGGCAACCAACAACUACAUAGAAACCGAAUCAGCGGCAAGCUCAUUGUACGCGUCUUUUGAGCCCAAUCAAAUAACGUCUCGCCCGGCACAGAAACUACCGACGGCCAGGAUUCACGCCAUUCAGUUACAGCAAGUGUUUGAAGACCGUAAGGGGCAGUUCGCCUUCGCCACAAACUACGGCGCUGUCAUUCCUCUUAGCGUCUUCGCCUCCUCGUCAGGAUUCGAUGGCUCGUUCACCGCUCAGUGUAGUGUCGGAUCGAUCAACGCAAGGGAAAUCGGCCUCUUUGAAGAGGGCUCAGUAACUCCAGUCGCGGUCGUCAGUCUGAACCAGGUCACGAAACACUUAGCUGCGGCCAAAGUCAAGCCUGUUGUUGAACAAGCCAGUUUGGCUCGUGCGGCUGACAAAAGCAAGAGGGCAUUGGAGAAGGACUCGACUGGAAAACUUGCAUUCCGAUCCAAACAUGGCGCCAGUGUUCCCGUGUCCGUGUUCAAUGUAGAAAUUGAUGUUGACAACUUAAUGGAUUAUGAAGUGACAGAGACCGACAGCGGAAUGGUGGCGUUGUUCAACACGACAACGGCUGAACUGGUCGGCACUGCUGACUGUUCAGUGGCCACCAGAGGGAGCGCAUCCAAGGCGGUGCGCUUCCAUGCGCCAAACGCCAGGGCGGUGCUUAAGCAGCAGAAGCUGCUGAAUGCAGGCGACGACAAUACCAUCUACGCUGAGCUGGGUUCCAAGGGAGUCCAGUCCAACAGCGAUUACGACACCACAGAGUUUUAUUCUCUCGUCACCAAGUCCAUGCAGAACAUGGCCGUACACAAGGCAGAGCUAAGAACCAUCGCCGGAAGCGCGAGCGACCAAGGCCAUUGUCAAAUCACUGGCCGGUCUGCUGCCACGGAGGAUCCUUACGCGCUCUACGAGCCCGUCGUGCCGGGAACGGACGGCGCGACCAGCCGAGAGGCGCGCGUCUACAACGUUGCCAUGGUGAAUGCCGGCUUUGCUAUGGCUGCGGGCGCUGACGACGACGAGGAUCCCUACCAACUUGUCUCCGGUCUGGUGGCCAGCAACGAUAGUCGCACGGCUGAGCUUCGCAUCGCCGCCGUCAUUGACCAGGCGAUCACAGAGGAUGCCGAGGUGGAGGAGGACAUCUACGCACUGGUAUCGGCCAAUUGUACCGUUGCCAGUAGCAACCAGGCCACACUACACACCAGCAAGCCAAUGGCAGAGCAGCGUCAGGACGCCGGUCCUGACGUCUACUCGUCCCCAGCCAGGAUGAAGAAUACGUUCACCACAUUCUCAUUCACCGGAGUGAACAACACCUAUUCAACCGGGUCCUCACUUGGUGGAAAACCUGUGUGUGCAUCUCAGUCUGGACGCUAAUUCAAUUGCUCAGAUACUCUACUGAUUGUCCAGAUACGAGUUCUCCGAUAAACUCGAUAGACUGUGGGCAGUAGGCAGAUCACGACUGCCCCAAAAACUCGCCUUUCGGUGAAGACGGAACACGCUACGACAAUUGCAUUUGCUUCGAAAUGUUCAGGCCCUGCGCUGCCGAUGUGUUCAUUAUUUUCUCUCGUAUUUUGGUAUGCCUGGCAGGCACCAUCAUUACCAGAUUUCUCUAUAUUUCUAACCCAAGACUAACACAUGUUCUUUUGCAUUUUGCUUCUUCUUUCGCAUUUAUCUUCUUAUCUGUGGUCUUUUCCACUGCUGUUCUUUUCAGCAUCUUCCUUGCUGUGAUAACUCUUACUUCACUAGUGCUAAGUGAUAGGUGGUAGGUAGUGCACUGCGUGCGUCAACCAGGGUUUCACUAGCUAGGAAGCCUACCUACUGCUCUGCCAGCCAAUGGCUGUACUUCUGUACUUCUGUACGCUACUAUUGCUGCACAUACUUGUAGCAAUAGCACUUGCAAAGCAGCUAUUUUAAAGGUCAAUUGGGCUCGUUCGGUCGGCGUAUAAUAUCAUUUGUACUUUUAGAACUCGGAUCUAUUGUUUACGGUAUAGCUGGUAGAUCAUAGUUACUGGAUCUCUUGCUGCAGAUCGCUUUCUCGUUAUUGCAAUAGCGCUCUCUAAUUUCUCUUUAGGUGCAUCAUUUCUUCUUAAAGUUUCCUCAUGACUGUGACUAUGCCAUGUUGUAUAGACUUUGUUUACUCUGUUUCAGCCAGUCUAGUCUAUUUUGUCCUCGCUGAAUAUUUUCCGACCCUCUUCACCUCACUUCACUUCACUUAAUGG